AUGAGGUCAAAAACUGUCGCAAAACAGGAAGAUAAUCGCAGAACGUUGAUCAAGCGUUUCCUUGCUACCUUAUCUCCUGGAGGAGAAGAAGUUGUUGCUCUUCGGUGGUCUUUGUGUCAAUACUCCAGAGUUAUAAAGAUAUGGAAAUGCAUUGCGCUCUCAUGUGCGAUUCCAUCCUAUGCAUUAGCCCAUAUGCAACAUCUCCAAGAAUUGAGAAUAUCUUACUGUAAAUCAAUGAAAGAUGUGUUCGAAAUAAAAAGGAGGGUGGUGGUUAAUGAUGUCAGAACAGGGGAAGGAAGUGGCGAUAAUAAUAAUAAUAAUAAUAAUAAUAAUAAUAAUAAUAAUAAUAGUGGUGGUGGAGUCGUAUCAUCAUCGUUAACAUUAACAAAUACUACUACUACUAGUAUUAGGAUUCUUCCUGAUUUGCGUAAUCUAAGGAUGGUGUAUAUCUUUAAUUGUCCCCAAUUGAGAGAUGUAUUCCCUUUUUCCACUCUUCAAAGCCUCACCAAACUCCAACAUUUAGAAAUAAGAUCGUGUCCUGGUAUCCGAGUGAUUGUCAAGGAGCAUGAGGAAGAAGAAGAUGAAAACCACACCACAUCCUCAUCAUCAUCUUCUGAUGUAUUCCGGUCCCUCAAGUCUAUCAAAUUACAUAGUCUACCUAAUCUUGAGGGUUUUUUCUUGGGUACGAAUGACUUUCGAUGGCCUGUAUUGGAUAGAGUUGUGAUACUGAAAUGCCCAAAAAUGAGAAUGUUUACAGAAGGUCACUCGAAUACUCCGAUGCUCAAAUACGUGGAAUCAGACAUGGGAGAAAAUAGUGUGGAAUGGGGCAAAAUCAACAACUUGUUCCAUCAUCCUCCUCCUACAACUACUGCUGCCUUCUUGCAACAACAACAAGAAGAAGUAGAGAAGGUUCCAUAUGAUCCAAGUUUGGAUGGUUCAACCACCUCACUCCCCCCUAUUUCACCAAGAACGAGGAUGCCCUGGUUCUACAAUCACUUGAUCAAUGUUCAUGUAAGUGGAAGAUGGAAUCGGAGAUUUAUAAUUGGACACAAUGAGUUGCAGCAUCUUCGGAAGAUUGAAAAGAUAGAAAUAUCAUGGUGUUCAGGGGAGGGGGGGGUAUUCAAAACAUUCGAAAUGAGCAGUGGUUUGAACCAGCAAACACAUUCUGUUCUGGAAGUAAGAGAGAUGGAAUUCUAUUACUUGUCUGAUAUCAAGUGUUUAUGGAAGACCAAACAGUGGACAGUAUUGAAGUUUCCAAACCUAACUAGGCUGUCUAUCCAUACUUGUUAUAGUUUAAAGCAUAAGAGAGAACGAGGUGGAGUUUCCUUGUCUAAGAUCGCUAACCCUUCGCUACCUUUGGAGUCUCAAGGGCUUUUGCUUAGGGAUGGAGACUAUUCAUUGGCCAUCAUUAGAUACCCUCAAAAUAAGAGAUUGUCCAAAAAUAACAACUUUUACCAAUGGACAAUCUACUACUCCAAAGCUUCGGUUGAUAGAUACAAGUUUUGGGUUGUGUGA